AAAAAGAUCCUAUUUUGAUGCCAUCACAAGAUUCACGGCUGUCUGUGGGUACUAUUAGAUGUGAGGCUGGGAGUAAAGUAGCUGCAGUUGAACAAAUUCAAGAGACCCCUCUUGUGAUCAAAUCGACUUCUUCUGGUUCUGAGCAAAGGAAGGUGGGACCCAAUGAGCUUCUGGGAGUGGGGAAGAAUGUGGUUUCAGAGUCAUCUUCACGACCAGGAUCAUCUUCUCAUAUUGCUCCUGUUAUUCAUGAAUGGACAUAUGAUGCAAUGUGCCAUGAUUUACUUGAAAUGGAGGGAAAUAAAUAUGUUCACGUGGUUCCAAGUAAAACAGGUGAUGGUUAUGAAAGGAAAGAGGUCCUUUUAGAGGAUCAUGAUCUAGUAUGGCUGGAGCUCCGACAUUCCCAUAUAGCAGAUCUUGCUGGAAAGAUUAAUGGUAUUAUCAGGGAGAUGGGGCUUAGAGAAGUGGGGCAAUUAGAGCAAGACCUUGUCUUUGGAGAUGCAAGAACAAAAGAUAUCAUUAAGUUUCUCAAAGAACAAGAUGCAACAGAUGAACAAAAGAUCCGAUUAUUAAUGAUAUAUGUAGCAACUCAUACCGAGAAAUUUGAGACUGAUAAACUUGCAAAGAUAUUGGAGUUAGCAGAUUUGCUUCCUGAAGAUAUGAAGGCAAUUUACAAUAUGAGAUUUCUGGAGUCAGCACCAGAUAGUAUGAACAACUCAAACAGUGGCUUCCCACUAAAAUUUGAUAACAAGAAGAGGCAUGGUCUUAGAAAAGAUCGUCCUGGUGAAGAAGCGGCAUGGCAGUUAUCACGCUUUAUCUAUCUAGAAUAA